CCUUGGCAGCCCGAGCGCCCCGAGAGGACCUCCGCAACUCCACAAAGGUUUGCAAAGCAGCCCCGUACCUCCUGUUCUGUCAGGAUGCAGUUCCAACAACACCAGCAGCAGCGUCGAAAAUUUGCAGCCGCCUUCUUGGCAUUCAUUUUCAUCUUGGCAGCUGUGGACACUGCGGACGCAGGGAAGAAAGAGAAGCCAGAGAAAAAAGCAAAGAAGUCUGAUUGUGGAGAAUGGCAGUGGAGUGUGUGUGUACCCACCAGUGGGGAUUGUGGGCUGGGUACCCGGGAGGGUACCCGGACUGGAGCUGAGUGCAAACAAACCAUGAAGACCCAGAGAUGUAAGAUACCUUGCAACUGGAAAAAGCAGUUUGGAGCUGAGUGCAAAUACCAGUUCCAGGCCUGGGGAGAAUGUGAUCUGAACACGGCCCUGAAGACCAGGACUGGAAACCUGAAGCGAGCCCUCCACAACGCCGACUGCCAGAAGACAGUUACCAUCUCCAAGCCCUGUGGCAAACUGACCAAGCCCAAACCUCAAGCAGAAUCUAAGAAGAAGAAAAAGGAAGGCAAGAAACAGGAGAAGAUGAUGGAUUGAGAGGGCCACCUUCAGCGGACCACAGAACAAGAUCUGUUAACCAUUGCAUUUAUACCUACUGUAGGCUUUUUAUUUGAAACUAUCUCUAGCUUAAGUACACAAUAGGUAAAAACAAAGAGGAAAGAAAACUUUGUAGUAGUGUUUUUAAAAUGUAUACCAUAGUAGCACUAGGGGCUUAUUCUAAGGGACGGUAAUACUAUUUAGGAAGUUGACUUCUAGUACAUGAAUACAUGAUAGACAAUGAGGUAAGUUUUUGAAGCUAUAUGAUAUUUCACAUUUACAUUUUUUUUACAUUUUUUUUCUUUUGACAACAAUUUAAAUGUUACGACCAUGUAAACUACUUCUCAUUAGAUUUUUUUUUCCCCCACCUAGACUUUUUUUUCCCCACUUGCGAAAAAAAAAUAUAGGCUAAACACAAUAGCAAUACAAUGUAAUCACUCUACGUGAGGAAAUGAUUUGUGUUUCUGCCCGUGGAUUUUAAACAAAUGAGUCAGCAAAAUGUAGGAGGACAGGGGAGCAGAGCCAUGACCUAGUACAAUGUCAACGCCAUUGCUUUUGCUUUUGUUUUUCAAGCAAACCAUUAAAGCAGGAAAUUAUUUCACUUUGGCAGAAACGUUUGCUUUCUUGAUGAAAUUUUUUUUUCCAUCUGAGGAAAAAAGUGCUAGGAAAAUAAAUCAAUGUGAUGCUGAAUAAAAGGU